CCCAAAGGAAGCGGAGGCGGGACUGGACCUGGACCACCCCCAGCCCAGGGCUGUAUAAAGGCGUGCGGUGCCGGUGCCGGUGGAAGCCCGCACCAUGGCGCCCCGCUCGCCAGCCCUGCUCCUCCUGCUGCUCCUUGCCGGGCCCCCGGCAGGAAGGCCCGCACCCCCGACCUGCUACUCCCGGAUGCUGGGCCUCAGCCGCGAGAUCACGGGGGACUUCCAGCUCCUGCAGGCUGCAGAGCCAGCGGAGGCCUGUGUGCGGUACCUGCCCCGUCUGUACCUGGACAUCCACAAUUACUGCGUGCUGGCCCAGCUGCGAGACUUUGUGGCCUCACCACAGUGCUGGAAAGUGGCCCAGGUGGACGCCCUGAGGGACAAAGUGCGGAAGCUCUACACCAUCAUGAACUCCUUCUGCAGGCGGGACUUGGUCUUCCUGUCGGAUGACUGCACUGCCUUGGAAUACCCAAUCCCAGUAACCACCAGCCUUCCAGAUCAUCAGAGCUAAGGCAGCCAGGCCAAAGAACAACCCAAGAGGACAGGGCUGCGCCAGCUGUGCCUCCGUCCCACAGGCCUCCCUCCCUGUUCCUGUAGCGUCUGGACCUGUCACGUGUCUGUCCCUUCCGGAAAGUAGGUUUGGGGCUCCUACUCAGGAGCCUCCAUGGAGCACAGAGUCAGAAGCCAGCUUGGUUACGUCUUGCCACAGUGGUUAGAUGUGCUGGAGAAAAAGGCUCAGCAGCCUCUCUUUGUGAACAAAUAACAAGAACAAGCAAACUAGUGUGUCCUUAUUCCUGCUCUGAUGGAAGAACCAUGCUGUUUUUCUUUCUGGAUAGGAACCUGCUUACACUUAACCAAGCCUCUAUUUUAUACCUUCUCCCACCACUUUCCUUCCUUUCUUUUUUUUGCUUUUCUUUUUUUUUUUGGUACCAGGGAUUGAACUCUAGACCUUUUGCUUACGCAGCAGGCAGCGGAACCACUGAGCUAAAUCCCCAGCCCUCCUUCCUUUCAUUUUUAAGAAAUCUUACUACUGCUUUUGAGAUGCAUUUAUAGUGCUGACAGAAACCACUCUUUCAUAGAAAGGUGGUGGAAAUCAAAUAAAGACCCUUUUCACAGUGAGAA